AUGGAAACAACUCAAAAAAUUUUUGAGACGAUGUAUGUCAAUGAUACGAGUGCCAAAGUGAUUAAAAAACUUGCACUUGAAGGGAAAAUGACAAGAUAUAAUUUAAGAACAAUUGCAUGGAAGAUUUGGCUUGGAGUAUUGCCAUUACCAGUCAAUUCUGUUUGGACAAGUAAAAUGAAUAAUGAAAGAAAAAGAUAUCAUGAACUUGUAAAGAAAUAUGAAAAUGAAACGUAUGUAGUUGAUCCAUUAUUAAGUGGAUCAUCAAAUAAUGAAAGGGAUGAAUUAAAGAAAAAAAUUAAGAAAGAUAUUGAUAGAUUAUAUAAUUCAAUUGAGUUUUAUUGUGAUAAUGAAAUAAGAACAAAAAUAAGUAAUGCAUUAUAUAUAUUUGCACGUGAACAUGAUGAUUUAGGAUAUCAACAAGGAUUUCAUGAGAUAAUGGGAAUUUUUAUAAGAGAACUUGUUUUAGAUUCAGAGUUAAUUCAAAACAAUACAAUAGAAAGAGGAAUAUUACAUACAGUAAUUUGUUUAAAUGAAAUUGAAGCAGAUACAUUUAUUUUAUUUGAAAAAUUAAUGACUAUUCUUGGAGUAUUUUAUGAACAAAAAAGAAUAAAAGACUCUUCUACAACAUCAUUAAUUCAUUUUAAAUGUGAAAAAUUAUUUCAAUCAAUAGCAAAAUAUGACCCAAAGUAUUUUGCUACUUUAAUUAGACAUAAUAUUGUUCCUGCAGUAUUUGGACUUCGUUGGAUUCGAAUGUUAUAUGCAAGAGAAUUUCAUAUAGAUGAUGUAGUUAUUUUAUGGGAUGCAAUCUUUGCUUUUGGACAUCAAUUAAAAUUAGUUGAUUCUUUAUUUAUAGUAAUGAUGUUAUAUGUAAGAAAUGAUAUUGUUGAACGAGAUGAUGAAAGUUAUUCUUUGAGAAGAUUGAUGAAAUAUCCACCAGUAGAAGAUAUAAAACUUUUAAUUGAAUUAGCUGUUGCUUUAGCUGAACAUCGAGUUUCGAUAAGUGGGACUUCAAUUUGUAUGAGAGUUGAUCAAAAUUCAUUGUUAGUUGAUCAACCGAUUGAUUGGUUAUCGAAGAAAAAAUGUUCAAGAGAUUCUGAUAAAAUAGAAGAAUCUUUAUUACAAAAACUUGGGACUAUUCAAAGAAAACUUGUUCUUGUUGAUAGAGAAGAAAAAAUAAAUACUCAAGAAUUACUAAAUAUUGCUUCUGAUUUAUCUAAAAUAAUUGAUACUAUGAAAUAA